AUGAAAAAAGAUUGCACUCCGAUUCGUAAUGUGUCUUCCACGAGGGGUAGCAAACGCCCGGCAUUAAACUCUCCCCCGGAAGUAAAAUCCGUCACUGCAGAGGAGGUGCGAUCCAUUGUGGAAGAGGUCGUCAUGAAACAUUGUGAUGUAAUACUCAAGGAAUUUAAAAGCACAAUUGUCAGUUUCAUCAACAGCAAACUCGAACCUAUAAAAAAAGACAUGGAUGAGCUGAAGACUGCCCUUACAUUUCAUACGGAGGUUUUUGAUGAGCUGAACACUGAACAUGUGACGAUAAAGAAUACCUUAAAAUCCCUAAAUAAUGAAAAUGUGCAACUAAAGAGUACAGUAGCAGAUCUUACUUUCAAGUUGAAUUAUCUUGAACAGCAAGCUAGAUCAAACAACCUUGAACUCCAGUGUUUGCCCGAGCACAAGCAGGAAAACUUGUAUACAGUAACAAAGCAACUUGGUUCAGUGGUCGGCUGUGUCCUAAAGGAUAACGAUAUAGCACAUGUAACUCGUGUUGCCAAGCUCAACACCUCUAGUCCCCGCCCGAGAUCAAUUGUUGUCCAGCUCGCGAACCCAAGAGUACGGGAUCAGCUCUUAGCUGCGGUCAUAAAUUACAACAAAAAGAAUAAGGACAAUAAACUUAACAGCUCUGAUCUCGGCAUCGGCGGUAGCAAAACCCCGGUUUAUGUAACUGAACAUCUGUCAGCAAGUAACAAAUCUCUCCACGCGGCUACGAGGAUCAGGGCAAGGGAGGUAGGAUACAAGUACGUGUGGGUAAGGAGCGGCAGGAUCUACGUCAAAAAGGAUGACAAUGCAGAGCACUUUCACAUAAAGAACUCGGACACUUUGAGCAAAUUGGUCUGA